AUGCCGCCCAUACAGGGCAUGAUGCAUUUGUACAGCCAUUUGGCCCGGCUGGCAAAUGUCAAGGCCUUGAGUGCGGCCUUGAAGAAGGGCCUCAAGACUGUUGACGCCCACAUCACACAGGCUACUCAGACAUCAAAGGCAGCGCUCGAGCCUGUCCUUGUACGCAACACCCCCAAGCAACCCCUCCACCCACUUGCCCGCAUCCGCCAAAGCCAAUCCCGAUGGUACUCGACCACCCGCAAGUCGAUCGAUAGCACUUUCCGCAACUUCACUACCUCCGCCGCCGGCAAGUCCGGCGUCAAGUACGACCGCGCCUCCUUCCCGAAGAGCAACAUCGGCAGUUUCGUUCGAUCAUCGUCCAGACGAGCACCCUUCGCUUCGACCCUCCGACCAAACUUGACCGGCGGUGCACUCGGCAGGACAGCAGGAGGAUACUCUUCAGGCGGAGCUGGAGGAGCAAGAUACUUGUCCCACUCGCCGGCAGCUCAAGCUCAAGUCGUGCAGAAUGUGUCGCAGGCAGUCAGGGCGUUCUUCAUCUCCGGUCAGAAGGCGCAAUUCGAUGGAGUGACACAACACGGCGAGAAGAGGUUCAAGGCAGUCUCAGCACUGCAGGAAGAGACGGGUCGCAAGAUGCGUGAUCUACCAAGGGCUACACCUGGCUCGUGGAUUGACUUAUCUGUCAACCCGACCAUUACGGCAUUGACCUCGCUCAGCUCCGUGGCUGGCUUUUCCAGCGAGAAUGUUCAGGCUAACCACCUGAACACGGAUGGGCUUCUUGACGUUCUGUCUGUCGACUUCUCGCGUGCGCUUAAGGAUCUCGCAGCAGUGCUUAACGAUCUGAAGCGCUUGUCGGUGCUUGGCGAUCUACCCAUCACAUACGAAGGCUCUAAUCUACGGAUACACUUCUCGGGCUGCGAUGCAGAGUCGGUCGAGCAGUUGUGCGAGGAGCUGAACGUCCAGCGAGGAACAGUAGUCCAGGACGAGGACUUCGAUGCCUUUGCCGGCACUGAGGUCGCUCUCCUCUUCCCCUUUGCUCCGAGCAACGGCGGGUCUAUCAUGGAAGAAUCGUGUUACGAAGCCGACCUCUUCGAGAAAGCCAAGCCCUUGAUGGCUACACAACGACACGUCAUAAGUCUCGACGACAUGCUCUCGUGCACGCAAUCGCCAGCCUACUCCACCCAGUCCGACACUGGUUUCGAGGACAUGCUUGAUGGGGAACAGAUGCAGAACCCCUGGCUGUCAAGUCCGUCAGGAUACCAAUCCGUUGGCUCGGGCAGUAUCUACGGCAGUGAUAAGCACAGCCCGCUCGAGUACCAGGGAUUCGAGGGGAUAUACAAGUUCAUCGAAGAGCUGGACUCUGUGAGGAGGUGA